AGUCUUUUAUUUCGAAAUAGCUGGCGGAAGUUGACGUAGCUUGGGAAGCGCUCAACGUCGGUUUGUUAGAGUCGGCGAUUCUUAAGGAAAAAAAAGCAUUUUACAUUUGACACUUUGCUGCUUCCGACGGUUUUCAAAUGACAUUCAGGACAAUUGGGGAAGUUUUCUGACCCGCCAGGAGUGAGCAAGUACAUUAUUACGAACAAUGUUAGCUUGAAUGCUACAUGGAGUUUACUGGCACCCAAAUCUCGCGAGAAGUCUCCGUCAUGUACUGUCACAUUGCGCUGUUAAUGGUCGUAGGAUUCCUGGCGUCCGAGGACCACUAGUCCUCAAAUAUGCAUACUUUGGACAACUGGUCCUCCAGGACCACCCUCGUUGGUCAACUGGUCCUUGGUCAUCAUGCUGUCCCGCCCCCCGCCAGGAGUGACUCCGUCUCCUGCGCUCCCAUUGGCUGACAAAGAUGUGGAUGGAGCCACACAAACACUUCCUCCUCAUGCCCUUCAUCAUCACCACCACCAUCACCAUCAUCACCAUCCCGGUCCACAGCUCAGCUGCCCUUGCUCGUCCCUGUUGCCCCGCCUCCUGUCGGCCCACAGGAUGGAGGUGCGGCGCCUCCUGCGGGGGGCGCUGGUGUCGCUCGGGCGGCGAGUGGACGCGCUGGAAAGGACGGGCGGCAGGAGGAGGACGAGGAGGAGGACGAACGACGGGAGCCCGAGGACGAUGGCGGAAGAUGGAGCCAAAGGUCACGCUACGGACGCAUCCUCUUCCUGUCGCUGGUCUUCGUUUGCACUCGAAGGCCCGCCUCUUCGGACUGGCUGCAGCCAAUCGGAGCAGAGGAACGGAGAGGAGGGGAGGGGCGUCAAGAGGAGGAGGAAGAGCCACGGAGGAGGAGGAGGAGAAGAAGCGGAAGAUGAGGACCGCGGGAGGUUCGUCGGCCGCAUGGCCGUCUGCCGGACGGGUGGCGGAGCUACCGACCGCACGCCCCUGACGCUCUUCAACUUUGACCCCAGAAGACGGACGGAAGGCGGCCACACUGUGAAGGCCAUCAGCGUUGUCGUCAGACAGAACGGCUACAGCUCCUCCUCCCAGACCACUUUCGACUUCCUGCGAGCCUUCAGCAGCCAAUCACAGGCCUGGUCCGCCGCCCGCUGCCAAUGGCGCUUUUCCGACUUCACGCCUCCUCCCCCGUCCCCGCGCGCCGACGGCGGCUCUCGACUCGGUGCCGUGCUGCGGCUGUCCAUGGUCGCCGUGGCGACCAUGGCCGCGCCGAGGGGGGAGACCGGCUGGAAUCCCCGGCGGCCGCUGAGGGACCGGACGGCCCCGCCCGGUCUCGCCCUCGAUCACUGUUACAUCCAAGCAGCUGAUCUCAGGCAGCGAUGGACUAGGAGACGAGCCAAUCACGGUGCUCGGAAGCGCCUCCUCGCCCCGCCUCUCCCUCCGUGCUCUGCCGACGUCGUCUCGCCUCUGCUCCCGACCGCCCAAUCGGAUGCUGGCUCCAAGGAGAAAGCCAAGCGCGUUUCGCAGAUCCGAAUCCGCCGAGCGUGCCCACGCGAGACGCCACUCACGCCAAUGGGGCUGCCCAAGGUCAAAAGGUUGAAGAAGAAGGAGUUCAGUGUGGAGGAGAUUUACACCAACAAGAACUACAAAUAUCCCAGCAACAACAGGAGUCUGGAGACCAUCUUUGAGGAGCCUCAGGAGAAGGGUGGAUCCUUGCUUCUGAUUGGCCAGCAGAGGCGGCGCAGGCUCCUCCUCUUUCCCGACUUCACUCAGCCCAGGAAAAGAAAAAGACCGCUAGGUGUCGGACUUCCUGUCGCCGCGGUGCCAAGAAAGCGCGCCGUCCGGCGUCAGCAGCGCGCAGGGGUCGGCGGCGCCGACGAGCGCUCGGACCUGGACGUGAUGCUGGUGGAGAGGCUGAGCGCGCUGGAAGACUUCCUGACUCGUCAGGGCUUGGACGUGUGAUGUCACUCCCUGUCUUAUGGGUCUAGUUCUUAAUAAAUUGAAACGUGUCUAUUUUUGGAACCCA